AAAAGCGAUUGGCUGACGAGGGCCCCACGUCAAUACGCCGAUUGGGAGCGUAUAGCUUGGCUAGAGCAGUUAGCAACCAGAUAGAUACACAGUCGCCGCGCCAUCAAACCUUACAUCUGUGGAUGAAGCGAACCAAGGGGAAACAGCUGUAUGCAGGCUAUGUUAGCGAUCUGAAACGACAACAUCUGACUGUGGACACGUAGGAAAGAGUCUUUACCUACAUACAUUGCGUUGUCAUUUUCUGUCUGCUGUUUUGUGGAUAACAAAAGCGAAUUCGAUUCGAACGGAGUCAUUGGAACAGACGAGUGAACGAGAAUUGAACCGCAGUGGAUGUCUUGCUCUUUCUGUGUUCACAUCGUAAUACAACUGUAGCUGAGUAAUCGCAUGGAGAUGGAGUAAAAUUGAGGUCAUCUGGAAUUGAAUUGCGACUGAGAGAUGGAGAAUUUGUUUUGUCCGCUCUGAUCUAAUAGGAGGGAGAGAAGAACUGCUGGAUACAUAGGGGAUACAACCCCGAUAUGAACGUGGCUUUUUCGCUCUGCUUGAGGUAGCUGCUAAAGCCAAUGAAAGACAGCGGUCUUGAACGCAUACGGUCGCUUUGGAAUGUAGAUAUACGCGUUUAUUCUUGCACAUUUAAAUAAAACAAAUGUGAUCUAAUACUGUUAACUAGGACUAUCGUUGCAUAUUUUUUGUUUGUUGAAUUACUCUUCCAAGUAUCAACCAACCGAUCUUCUACGGGAGAAUGGCCAUAACACGAAAGUGAAUCUGCCCCUUGCUUUGGAGGCAGUGAAGUUAAUGGUGUGAGUGAGAUUUCUCCCUCCCCCACCAUCACUACAGCGACACACCAGAGGCUGUCCACUGUCCAGGCCCAAGCAGUCAGCCUGAGCCUGCUAGUACAGACUAUCUGGCCUCCUCUUCUUGUGGUCCCUUAUGCUCAAUGAAGGCUAUCUCUGGGUCGCUACAGGAUGGAUGGUGUGGAUUUGACGGUCCUUGUGUGUCAUCAUCAGCGCUUGCUCCUCUGUGACUGUUUCCUGUUCUUUUCCAUUUAUAAAAGAACGCCCCCUCUUCUGGGCCCAACCACCCCUGAGCGCUGUAAAAGUUAUAGUAACUGUUGUUGCUAAGUGACACUUACAGAGGAGGUUAAGUUAACUCUCCCCCCAUCCAAACUCCACAGAGGGUUUUCUCCAGAGGUUUUAUUUUAUAUACCCAUAUUAUAUAUUUUCCCCCUCAGGAGUUUGUUUGGAAGACGCACAGGUGUUCGGUUCUUCACAACAAAAGUUUUGGUUUAUUGUUGGUUGAGGUUUACAGUUACUUUUUCUCAAGUUUUUUGUUCUUCCUUGUAAUUUAUUUAUACCUCAUUAUUUGGAGUUUUUUUCUCAUUGCUCACUCACACCCCCUGGAAUAAAAAAAAACAAGAUGUCGGAAACAGACAAGUUCCUAGCCCCUUUCCCUCCGCCACCCAAGAAUGUGAAUGGUUCCAGCUCGGACACGUACCUUGGUGAGAAUUUGGGGACCGACGGUGUCCGCCGACGCCGCCACACCAUGGACCGCGACCCCAAACAGGCCGAGCAUCGCUUCUUCCGGCGCAGCGUCAUCUGUGACUCGAACGCCACCGCCUUAGACCUCCCCAGCAAGGCCGUCAUCCUCACCUCCCCGCCCGACUGCGAGCCCCCCAGCCUGGGCUGGCUCUCCCUGGCUGUCCCCUCUGUGGUGGUACCCGAGCCGUGCCUGGUGGUGGCCGAGGUGGAAGCAGAUGAGGAAGGAGGGGAGGGGCCUUGUAGUGCGGUAUUAGGGCCCAGUGUUGGUGGUGGUACUAGAGUGGAUGGUACGGUAGUGCAGAUAAAGCCAUGCACGGCAGUAUUGGAUGUUUGCGGCGGAGAGAAAGGAAAGAAGCUGUUGUCGUUAGCCGCUGCAGAGGCUCCUGGAAUGGAGGAGGUGGCGCCCAGAAAAGCGGGGGAGCCCGCGGAGGAGGAGAGUGGUAGUGUUACAGAGGAGAUGCGAGAGGAGAAGGAGAAGGGGGCGGCUAAGGCCCUAUUAGAGGAGCAGAAGAGGGAAGCAGAGAAAAAGGUUCAGGACGACAUAGAGGAAGUAGAGACCAAGGCCAUAGGGACCUCGCUGGAUGGACGCUUCCUGAAGUUUGACAUCGAGAUCGGACGCGGAUCCUUCAAGACGGUCUACAAGGGCCUGGAUACGGAGACUACAGUGGAGGUGGCGUGGUGCGAACUGCAGGAUCGUAAGCUGUCUAAGACGGAGCGUCAGAGGUUCAAGGAGGAGGCUGAGAUGUUGAAGGGUCUGCAGCACCAUAACAUUGUACGCUUCUACGACUCCUGGGAGUCUCCCUCCAAAGGAAAGAACUCCAAGUGCAUCGUGCUGGUCACAGAGCUUAUGACAUCAGGCACCCUCAAAACGUAUCUGAAGCGGUUCAAGGUGAUGAAGAUCAAGGUUCUACGUAGCUGGUGUCGUCAGAUCCUAAAGGGGCUCCACUUCCUCCACACCCGGGCCCCUCCCAUCAUUCACAGGGACCUGAAGUGUGACAACAUCUUCAUCACCGGCCCCACUGGCUCCGUCAAGAUAGGAGACCUGGGAUUGGCUACGCUCAAACGGGCCUCCUUCGCCAAGAGUGUCAUAGGUACCCCAGAGUUCAUGGCCCCUGAGAUGUAUGAGGAGAAGUAUGACGAGUCAGUGGAUGUGUAUGCCUUUGGGAUGUGCAUGCUGGAGAUGGCCACCUCAGAGUACCCCUACUCCGAGUGCCAGAACGCUGCACAGAUCUACCGCCGAGUCACCAGCGGAGUCAAGCCGGCCAGCUUUGACAAGGUAGCCAUACCAGAAGUGAAGGAAAUCAUCGAGGGAUGCAUCCGCCAGAACAAAGAUGAGAGAUAUGUCAUUAAGAUCCUGCUGAGCCAUGCGUUCUUCCAGGAGGAGACUGGUGUGCGUGUGGAGCUAGCCGAGGAGGACGAUGGGGAGAUGAUCGCUAUCAAACUGUGGCUGAGGAUAGAAGACGUCAAGAAGCUGAAGGGAAAGUACAAGGACAACGAAGCCAUCGAGUUCUCCUUCGACCUCAACAAGGACUUCCCCGAAGAUGUGGCACAGGAAAUGGUCGAGUCUGGCUAUGUGUGCGAGGGAGACCACAAGACGAUGGCCAAGGCCAUCAAAGACCGAGUGUCUCUGAUCCAAAAGAAGAGAGAACAGAGGCAGCUGGUCAGAGAGGAGUUGGAGAAGAGGAAUCAGAAGCAGCAGUUUCCUCUACAGGCAGCAGAGGCCCUCAGAUCCCCCCAGCAGAGUCAGUUACCCCCCCAGCCCCCUAUAGCCCAGACUGAGAAGGAGGACCCAGAGAUGGACCAGCAGCAGUACCAACAGGCCAACAUCUCCAUGACAUCUGACGGAGCGGUGGACAACGGCCAGGGUUCGUCUGUGUUCUCCGAGUCCCAUCUGGGCCAGCUGACCAUGUCCUAUAGCAACAUCCCUGCCACCCAGCAGCAGGGCCAAACCCAGGGCCCCUCCCCCUUCCCCCAGCUGCAGCAACAGCAGCAGCAGCUCAAUGCCUACCAACAGCAGAACAUGCCGCAGUCUGUGACUCAGCAGUACAGCAGUGGAGGAGUCUGGGCCUCAGCAGGCCUUCCGGACCCCACGCCGCCUCUCUUUCUCCCCUCCAUUCUGGAGCGCCCCAUCUCCUUCUCACCGCCGCCUGCCUGCCCUCCCUCCAAGGCUUACAACGCCCAACGCCGCAAGAGCACGUCCAUCUUGGAGGCCCAUACGCGCCACUUCCAGCCUGUCUACCCCCGCUACGCCAGCAGCCUGCACCCCUACCACCCGGGGAUGGAUGGGCUGGGCAUGGGUGGAGGAGGAGGAGUGGAUGGGCACCUGGGAGUGGAUCCCUCGUCCCUCUUCAUGGUGCCCGGCUACGGUGCUCCGAGGCUGGGGUCAGUUGGAGAGCCCAUGCACCAGCACCUCCAAGGUCAGUCCCUCCAGGACCCUCUGUACGGGUACAAGGACGUGAGGGCGGAGCAGCAGGAGGAGGUGGUGGAGGCUGUGCGGAGGCUGAGUCUGAACCAGGCAGCGUUGCUGGAUCACUUUGAGGCCAUGGCCUAUGGGGGCUACCCCAUGACUGCUCACCAGAUCAACCAGAUCAGCUUCCACCAGCAGAUGCAGGCUGCGGCAGCCGCCAGCCUGGCCGUGUACGACCCUCCACAGCCGGCCUACGCCCAGACCUACCACCCCCACAUGCAGAGUCACAUGCGCCUCACCCACAGCCCCAUCCCUCAGCUGCCACCCAUGAGCACCUUGGGCCCGCAGGCCUCGGGUUCUACCGAUGGGUACCAGCUGCAGCACUCUGCCUCCUUCCCCCAGUCCGCUCCCCCAGUCAUGGAGCCCCCGCAAGGCAGCGUGUUCGAGUUCCACGUCCAAAACAUGGCUACUGCAGCUGCCGCCGCUGGGGCCGACUCUGGCGUGCUGGCCUCUAGACUGUACCGGGCUCGCCGCGGCUCCAUGGACCUCAACCUGGAGGAACAGGGGGGACCAGGAGGACAGUCAGGGGGGUCUGGGACCUACAGCCGCCUGCAGCCAGUCACUGAGGAACUGUACAGCUACAUCAGCCCUGAGAUGCCUCUCCCUCCCGGGAGCCUGCUACUGCACCAGGGCCAGAAGGACUGCAGCCCGGAACCUUCCAGUGACUCCAUGGCCUCCUCUGACUGUGGAGAGUUCCACUCUCCUCCGCCCCAGUUCGGGGCCUCCUCGGCCGCCCAGUCCAUCCCACACACCUUCUACGGGGCGGAGGCCGGGGGGAGGGACGCCACUGCAGAGGGCCAGGGAGUGGGCCACCCCCCCAGCCAGCAGACCUUUCUGUUUGUGCCUCCCUCCGAGUCCUCAGGGCGUCAGUCCUCUCACGUCAACAUACUACACACCACCUGGGCCCGACAGACGAACGUCCAACCCGACCUCUCGUAUCAUGAGUUUCCUCUGGCCAUGCAGGGAAACCCUGGGCUGCAGGUGCAGCAGAUCCCAACCUCCCAGUCCAACACUGGACACCCUCCUGCCCCCAACUCCCAGCCAGUCCCCAUCGCCCACCAACAGACCCCCUUGCAGGCCUCUCUCCCCCCCACCUCCCAGCCCAUGGUCUCUCAGCCCCAGCAGCAGCAGGCAGGCAGCACCGUGGUACAGAGCCCCUCUCAGACCCAGCUACCCCCUGGACCACAGCCCACACAGCUGUGCGCUAGUGAGCUGGGCGCUUCUGUUAUGUCCCCUUCGCCCAGCUUAGAACACCUGUACUAUCUCUACCAGGCACACCAGCUAGCUCUGGUCCAGAUGGCCUUCAAUCAGCCCUCGGUCCCGGUUACUGCAGCUGCAGCCCAAGGGGCGGCGUCACCCCCUGGGGGAGCCCUGGUGUCCCCACAGAGCCCUAUAGCAGCUGCAGCCUUACCUCUGCCUCCUGGGGCUCAUCCUCUACCUGGUUUUGUAUCUGCACCCACUCUGGUGACUCAUCCACCGCCGGUGCCACCGGCCUCCUCUAUGCCGCCCCAAAUGAUGCCUACUCAGCCGCUGGUCGUUGUGGUGCCCGUCAUCAGCGUAGCCAGCACCUCCCCAGAGCCGCCGGGAGAUGCCCAGCCCCAGCCCUCCCAGACGGCUCCUCAGCCUUUGUCAUUGGACCAGUCACAGUUACAACCUCCACAAGUGCUCUCGUCCAUGGAGAGCGGUCACUCUGAUGUGGCGUCCGGCCUGAGCGAUGGAAAUGAUGGAGGCAGACAGGAGGGGCGCUCCAUCAAGCGCCACCAGCGGCGCUCUGUACGGAGUCGCUCUCGUACCGACAAGAUUGGCAAAGCAAAGUUGAAUGUACUAAAUAUAUCCAACAUGGGCGACAGGGUAGCUGAGUGCCAGUUGGAAACGCACAACAGAAAGAUGGUGACUUUUAAGUUUGAUCUGGACGGAGAUAACCCAGAGGAAAUAGCACAGAUUAUGGUCACCAGUCUGUUUAUACUGGAGAGCGAGAGGGAGUCGUUCAUCGAGCAGGUCCGUGAGGUCAUCGAGAUGGCUGACGAGAAGGGUCUGGAGAAAGAUGGAAACACCCAGAUUGUUUCCCAGAUAGUUAGUGACCUCCAGCAGCAACAGAUCCCUGCUAUAUCUGAACCGUUACCAGGUAUCCCUUCCUGUGCAGCCCAGGUGGUCCACUCUGCAGGCAGGAGGUUUAUAGUCAGUCCCGUGCCUGAGUCCAGACUCAAGGACCAGUUCUUUGCUGACUCAGCGGCUGCAGGCUCUGCCCUGCUGAGACAAGAUUCACAGUCCUUUCACGCUGCAGGUCAGAGUCUGUCCCAGUCGGCCUCAGCGGUCAGCCUGCAGCAGGCCUUCUCAGAGAUGAGACAGAACCAGGGCCAGUACGACCCAGGGCCCAGCACCGCUCCUCCCUCCGUCCACAUAGCCUCCCUGCCUGUCCUGGUCUCUGCUGCAGCCACCACCACCACCAUCCCAGUCCUCUCCACUGCUCCUAUAGCCUCUGCUCCUCUCCCCCAUGCUCAGUUUCCAUCUGAGGCCUCUGUGACCUCCCCUCCCCCCCCAGCCUCCAUCUCCCCUCCAGCCUCCACCUCUACCUCUCCACCUGCGACUAUCCCCCAGGCCACCACCCCCAUCCCCACCCAGCUCCAGUCUGUUGAUACCCAGCCUCUCCUUUCCCAGGCCCCUCUCACCCUGCCGGUGACCCAACCCGUGGUCUCCUCCAUACCUAGUGUUACAGCCCCAAUCCCUGCCCCAGCCACCUCUGUGUCCCCCCCAGUCCCUGCUGUCCUCCCCAACACAACUACCCUGUCCACCUCAGCCUCCUUCCCCCAGACCUCUGGCUCCAUCCCUGGUGGUCCCACCACCUCCAUACCCACUACAGUCCUUUGUCAUUCUGCCACGGCCCCCCUGGUCAGCAGCUGUAGCAGUGAUAGUAGAGGUGGAGGAAGCUCAGAGCAGCUCCUUGUCCCUUCCACCACUACCGUAGUCCCCACCACGGCUAUCCAAGGCCCUCUGCUAGCCCCCUCCAUUGCUAACCCCAGUGCAGAGCUCCCUUCUUCCUCCUCGCCUGUAGCCUCUCUAGCCCCAGGGGCCACGGUCCCUACCUUACAGCCCAUCACCACCACCAUCCCCGUGGUCCAGCCCACCCUGGUGCACACCCAUCCCCAGCCUGCUACAAUGCCCAACCAGACCCACGCCCAGUGUGGGGAGUGUGAGGUGGCCCUGGGCAUCGAUGACAUCCACGCCCUGGAUAAGAAGCUUCGCUCCCUCUUCAUGGACCUGGGUGGCGGUGGAACCACCCAGGCCGAUGGCUCUGUCGACCCAGCUGGAGGCACUGGUGUCCCGGGAACCUCUUCCCCAACCGGCCAUUCAUCCACCCCCAACUCCACAGGCACCCCCUGCCCCCCUCCAGCCUCCCCCUGGCCUCCUCAGGACCAGGGCAUGUCUCUGGGACCCCCCUCACCACCCCGGGACAGGCUGGGACCCCUUCCACCUACACCCAGACUACCCCGGCCAAAGCACCUCUGUCUAGGUUACCGAGCAUUGUUUAUAACACAUACAGUAUGUUGUAAACCAUUUCAGAUUUUUAUGACACCUCUGUGUAAGGUGUUGCCUGUGGGCUCAGAUCAGGCUCAGGCUGGCCCCCCUCCUCCCUCAGACCACAUGGCACCCUUCCCAGGACCCUGUCUAACUCAGUCCCAGCAGCCUCUGGAAGACCUGGAUGCCCAGCUGAGGAGGGCCCUGAGCCCAGAGACGGUCUCUGUCACCACACAGUCCUCCCUCACUGGGAUGCCUGCAGGUGACCAGCCAGUGCCUUUCUCUCUGGAAGGGGAACCAAUCAUGUCGCCUAUUGCUGGAGGAUUCCAAAUGGGACGAUUCCAGGUCUCUGUGGCUGCAGACCAGGGUCCCCACAAAAUCGUGGGAGGGAGCCCCACAAAAUCCUCCUCCACCUCCUCUUCCUCCUCUUCUUUCUCCAGCCCGGAGAACACACUGCACAAUGUCUCCUCCCCUCUCCACGGAGGUAAGACUGGUGGGGGAGAUGUUGUGGACGGCCUGCCCUCCCUCCCCCACCGGACCGCCUCCCCUCAGCCCACCACCAUUGGCCGCUUCCAGGUCACCACCAACGCACCGGAUGCCAGGGUGGGCCGCUUCUCAGUGAGCCGAGCCCAGGAUGAGGCAGCCGAGGCUGGGUUGGAGCAAACACCCGCUUCCCAGGCUAACGGGCCUAGUAUUGAUCCUGGCUCGGCCACCAUGCUCCUCAGCCCAGAGGACAAACAGAGCUCCCUGCCCAGCCUCAACAACUCCUACAUGAGCUCUGAUAACGACUCUGAGUUUGAGGAUGAGGACUUGAAGAGGGAGGUCAACCGGUUACGGGAAAAGCACAUGAAGGAGAUCCAGGCCCUGCACACCAAGCAGAAGGAUGAGAUUGACUCCCUGUUCGCCAGGCUGGGCAAGGUGCCUCCAGCCGUGGUACUCCCUCCAGCUGUAGCCCUGGCCGGUCGCAGGAGACGACCCACCAAAAGCAAGAGCAGCAAGUCCAGCCGCUGCAGCUCCUCCCAGGGCAGCAAGAGCCCCCUGCAACCAGGCAGCACUUUAUCUGCACAGAGCGCCCCCUCAGUGUACCCACCCUACCAGGCUCUCCUCCUGGCCCCUGGGGGUCUCCCCGACCCCAACCUCCACCCUGCCUCGGGGAGCCGACCCCGGCCCCUCAAGCAUCUCGGCCCCUCCAGUGAAAACCUGUGCUCUGCCUACACCAGCGAAGCUACGCUGUCCGUGCCCAGUCUCUGUGCCCCCACCCAAGGCUGUGUUACGUUCAGCUGUGGGUCGGAGAGAGUGACCAUCAAACCAGGUGGUGGCAGAAGGACCCGUUUUCUGAGGAAGAUGGUGAAAAAAGUCUGCCCCUGCAACCAACUCUGUAGGACCAGCAGCACCAACACAGUGAGUGGUCCAGGAGGCCAGGGUCCAGGAGACCAGGGUUCAGGGGGUCAGAACCAGGGUCAGCCUUCUCCCAACCCCCCUCAACAGGGCCGGAAGGGCACGUUCACAGACGACCUGCACAAGCUGGUUGACAACUGGGCCCGAGACGCCAUCAGUCUGUCCCAGGGCAAGAGUCGCUCCAAACAGCAACCCUCACAGGGACACAGCUACCAGGCGACUCCGUCCACCAACAAGGGCCGUAAAUUCUCCGCCCCGAGUCAGCUGUGCCCCAGCAACGCCUCUUCCACCCCCGCUACCUCUCUGGGAGGCCGCAAGGGCUCCUUGUGUCCCCCUCCCCAGUACGGCGGGGUCGGGGCAUGCUACCCCUCCUCCACUGCACCUUACAGCAGCGCCCAGUGGGUGGGAUCCACGGGGUCCACAGGGCCGGGACAGGGUCAGGCCGGUAUGUUAGCCUCCUCUCAACCCCUGGUUGCCUCCUCCUCGCAGUUCCCCUCCUCUGCCACUGGGGGGCAGGGCUCCCUGCAAGGCUUCCAUCACAUCAGCACUUUGCAGAAAUCCGUCAGCAACCCUGGAGGCCCCAACCUGAGGACCACGUAGUGGCCAUGAGGGGAUGUUAGCCAUGCCGGGCUGGGAGACUGACAGACUGAGGGAGAGAGACAUGAGGAAUGAAGGGUGUCUGUGUUACAAGGGGGAGAGGGGCUUGUGUGUUACAAGUGACAUCAUGGUUGGUGGGACUGUAUUGAAUGUGAAUGAGCUGGCUGUGAAGAAGAGGAGGAGCAGGAGAGAGAAGAGUCAGCUGCUGUGUGAAAUGGUGCACCACUCUGCCCUCUUUUGUUCCCCUGAAGGAUAACAGGAGAGGGACACACUUCCCCUCUCCCCCACCCACCCCGAGGUCAACUGUGGGCCUUGGGGGUCGAAGAAAGACGCAAAACGCGACAAGGAAUACCAAUGGACACGAGUGCAAUGUUAUGUGGCCAAAGAGGGUUAAUGUGACAAUUACUAUUGUAAAAUGUGUGUGUGUGUGAUGGGCUUUGUUCCUUCACUGGCUUUUACAUGUACUCUACAGUAGAGACCAGAGCCUUGUGCUGAUCUCAGAGAGGAGGGAUGGAGGAUUGUACCAGACCAUGGGGGUGGUGGUGUACUUAUCGUUGGGGAGCUGCAGUACAUAGCUAACCCCCUUUCUCCUCUCACCUAUCUGAGCCCACCCCUGCCUGUUCAGCUCCUCCUGUUGGUAACUGACCUCCAGAACAGAGCUUUAAGUGACUGUACAGUACUAUACAGCUCCUCCUGUUGGUAACUGACCUCCAGAACAGAGCUUUAAGUGACUGUACAGUACUAUACAAGUGACUGUACAGUACUAUACAGCUCCUCCUGUUGGUAACUGACCUCCAGAACAGAGCUUUAAGUGACUGUACAGUACUAUACAGCUCCUCCUGUUGGUAACUGACCUCCAGAACAGAGCUUUAAGUGACUGUACAGUACUAUACAGCUCCUCCUGUUGGUAACUGACCUCCAGAACAGAGCUUUAAGUGACUGUACAGUACUAUACAGCUCCUCCUGUUGGUAACUGACCUCCAGAACAUAGCUUUAAGUGACUGUACAGUACUAUACAGCUCCUCCUGCUGGUAACUGACCUCCAGAACAGAGCUUUAAGUGACUGUACAGUACUAUACAGCUCCAGUAGAAGUCCAUUAUGGUCGAGUUGUGUAGCAUGUUGAGGAGAUGUGAGGAAGGUUAUGGGGUCAAGGAAUGAGCUUGUGAGGCUGAGGUGUGGGACUGGUGCCAUGUAUGUAGCUGGUCAGGCAGUGUUGACAUCCGGAACCACAUGUACUGCUAUUCCUAUAUAUCAUUUAGGAUGUUCAUUGGUGUGUGUAAGUGGAGAGUCACUAGAAAAGGCCUGGGGGUUCAUACCCUACUCUACCCCUCCUGUUGCCAUGGGAUGCAAUAAGAACACAGUAAUAGAAACCUCCUCCUAACUAUAAUGAUAACACAUAGUGACCUUCAUUAGGGAAACAAAACAGUCCAUGACCAGAUUCAGAAUGUCUUUUUUUUAUGAUUUUUUAAGAGUUUGGGAUUAUGAUGAUUCCAUGUUUAUUAGUGUUUUAAUUUUUUUCCUCUGUCCCCAUUGAACUGAGGAGACUCAUCUGUAGCAUGAUGAAAGGGUUAACGCUUGGGUUGAUCCAGGAACUCUCUCUCAGUAUAGGGCCUUUAAAGAAACUACAUCUCCCAGUAUAGGUCCUUUAAAGAAACUACAACUCCCCUCUCCAUGCUAACCAUCUCUUUACAUGAUUGGAGGGGAGUAGUGUGUGUGAUACCCAUCUAUCCCAGUCUUCACUUCAGGCUUAUAGUUACUCCAUUUUAAAAUGUGCUGUAUCUGGGGGGCUGAUGAGAUCCCCAUCCUGAAGCAUAAAGUCUGUACAAGCUGGCUGGUAGUUCCCAUCUACAUGUCCCUAAUGAGAGAGCCCCCCUGAACUAACACAGACAGGACUGAAGUAGAUUCUCUCAGACAGGAGUUGUUGACUGAAGUAGAUUCUCUCAGACAGGAGUUGUUGACUGAAGUAGAUUCUCUCAGACAGGAGUUGUUGACUGAAGUAGA